CUAAGUUUCUAUUGAAUUUCUCUUGUGAUUCCUUUACGAUAGUGAUUAAUUACAAGCACGGUAACUGACGAGUAGUUUCACAAUUCUGAUGUGCUACUUUAUACUCUUCUACACACGGUGGAGAGUGGAGAAGAAUAAUAAUUACAAUCAUACAGUGACCUAACCUUAGCUUAUCAGCUGUCUCGGUUCUUCGUAAUGUACGUGAAUAGUACUUCACUGUUUGUAUUAGGAUCACCAGUCGAUUUUGAUCGUAAAGUUAUGAAUAAAGUUAUUUUGGUGAUUGUCUUGAACUUGGCUUUAGUGAAUUGUUCAAACUACGAGGGCUUAAUUAGACCGCGAAAGUCCCAAAAUGUAACAAGGAAACCAAAUAAUCAAUCCGAUCAACAUUGUGGAUUACGGAAAAUAUCCGCACGUUCGCUGAUUGUAGGAGGAUCUGACACAUAUGCGGGGGAGUGGCCUUGGCAUGCGGCGGUCUUUCACGUCGGUGACGAAGGUCGUUCAAAGGAGUACAAAUGUGGAGGUACAUUGAUCAAUGGAAGUUUCAUACUGACGACUGCUUCCUGCGCACGAUAUGGAGUUGACAAACCUGAAGGAGCAAUCAUAGUUGAAUUGGGGCAAAACAAUUUGCAGGAAUCUUCGGCUCAUGCACAGGCGAUUCCGGUUAUUCGAUCAGUCGUUCAUGAUAAGUAUGAGUAUGGAAGACACAAAUACGAUAUAGCAAUUCUACAAUUGAAAACCUCCGUCAAAUAUUCAAACUACGUUCAACCAGCAUGUCUUCCAAAAUUGAAUGAGGUGAUAGAAGACUAUGAAACCGAGAUGGGAACCAUUGUUGGAUGGGGAUUUAUAGAAGCCGGUGAACUUUCAAAUACGCUGCAGAGUGCUGAAGUUCCAGUGAUUCCAUUCCUACCUUGCCUCCAAAGUGACAGGGACUUCUUCGCCCAAGAGUUGUACGACGGAAUGUACUGUGCUGGACAGCAAAAUGGAACGGCCCCUUGCUUCGGUGACGCAGGUGGCGGAAUGUACUUUCACAGUGGUCGUACUUGGACCUUACGUGGGAUUGUUUCUUUUACGAGUGUGGUCUAUUCGGUAACGGGUGGAUGCAAUACCCACAACUACUUUGGCUUGGUGAACGUGAAUCACUUUCUACCCUGGAUUGAAGAUACGAUCGUCAGACUCCGAACAGCGGAAUAAAUAUCGAUCAUUCG